AUGCCACCACAAACACCUGAUAAAUCAUCUUUAAUCUAUACCGCAUUUUAUUGCGAAGAAAAUGUUUACUAUUUAUGUAAAACAUUUUCUGAAAUUUUAGAUAAAAAUAAAGAAAACUAUGAAAUUUAUGUUUGCUUUAUUUCCAAUAAAACGCGGUCGGUACCAAUAAAGAGACAACUAGCUGCAAAAAGUCCUGAUGGUUUUGUAAUAUGGACAUAUGCGAAUGAAUCUUUGCCACUUGUUGAUUUACCAGAAUAUCAUAGAAAAUAUAGAGUUGUCCCUUCCGAGACAUUUCUCAGGGUGUUUGCCUCUGAUCGAAGUCAUAUGUCCAAAAAUAAUGAUUCUACUAUCUCUCCACCUAAUUAUCCUCCAAUUUUUACAGCAGAAACCACAAUGAAUCUUCCAUCUUUUAUUUCUAUGACUGAAAAUUUGGAUUCAGCAGACUUUGGCAAAGUUUUAAAUGAGAAUGAGUUUUUUGAAUUUU